UUUUAAAUAAGCUCUUCUGCAUAAAUUGCUGCGAGGGCAACACACGUGUGCCUAAGAAAUACUUAUGUGAUAUACAGUCUGGUUGAUCUAGGAAGUAGAUAAAAACCAAAUUUGUUUCAUGGAACUAAUCGUUGGAUCGACUAGAAACUUAUCUAUUGUAGAGACCUAAUCUCGCGGUUGUUUGAUGAGAAUGGUUUUAGUAUGAGUCGUUUCGAGAAACAAAGUCCAAGAUAUGGACAAGAAACAUUAUUUUUGGAGAAAGUGCAGAUUUGUUUAGAAAAGCCUUUACGUGAAAGAUUUGUUGACAUAACUAAGAUGAUAAAUGAACUUCCUAUAAAGGAACUGCAUGUAUUCUAUCCUCAUCUUCUUGCAAAUAUUUUCAACAUACAUCCUAACAAAAACUGGAAACUACACUAUCCAUACUCUCGGUCCCUUGCACCAAUAAAGCAAUUUCUGAGUCCUCAUGGUCCUGUGUGGGAGCUUGUUCAAAAAUUGGAUUGUGAUACUUUCCUGAAGUAUGAAUUUCCUGUUGCUUGCUUACCAAAAGGGACACAAUAUCUUCUGCUUGAUGGUAUCAUUCCAGCAUUGUAUUGUAACAAACUGCAGUUGAUCAAUGACAGCAGAUCUUCCAUUGUUUUAAGUUUAGGUGCUAUGGAGUAUUUCCUCUUCCAAUUUGCCUACUUUAUUACCCAAACUAUUACGUUGUGGGACGAUGGACGACCAAUGGAAAGCAGUCAUGACACAAUAUAUACAAAAUUGUUCUCAGAAUACUUAGAAUGUUUCUUGCCAACAGAGACAGUCACAGUUAAUUAUUCAUCGCAAGGAACAAUUCCUCGUCACAAAAUCAUCCCAAAACGACAUAUUGGUCGUCAACCUUCACCUCAACAGAUAUUUUCGACUCUCAUCAAAUCAUUUGAAAGAAAGCAAUUGUUACCAUCCUCUGGUGUCCUUGUUGACCAGAAUGUAUUACAGUCUGCUCGUUCGGAAUUGUUUUUGCAGAUAUUGAUAGAGAUGUGGAUGAAUCAUGAAACUGGGAAUGAUCAAUUGCUUUCUUCACCUGGCCAGCAAUAUUUCUUACCAAAUAUUCAUCUUGUUCGUGUGGUAAGGAUGUUGGUGAAACAUUUGCAUAUGUUCAUGAAUUUCUGUUUGAAAAAUCACGUGACAAUCUCAAUGAAUGACGCAUUAGAUGAAGCUGCAUACAGAGUUUUAUUGCCUGAUACAAUGAAGUUGUUCAAGAGAAGACUGUUUUGGUUCAUCCGCCAUUGCUUCGCUCAUUGGCCUCUUGAUCCAACUUUUAGAUUUAUCCUCGAAACAUGGCUGAGUUAUAUUCAACCAUGGAGGUAUUUGACUUUAGAGCAAACAAAUCUACCGUUUAGCGCUUCAAGAAUGCUAUUUUGGAAGCCGUUUAUUCAACAUAAUCUUCUCUUCUAUACUGUCAUUUUGCAAGAAUUUUUAAGUAGAGCGGAAAAGUUAAAUUUGAGAUCUUCAAAAGACACAUAUCUUUUUUUUCGUGUCACUAAAGUUUUUUCUCAAGAUCAGUUGAUGUAUGUCAUUGAUGACGCGGAAAAUUUGUUCAUGUCAUCACAAACAAUUAAUGCGGAAAAUUUUCGACAAACGAGAACUGACAUGCAUUCACAUCUAGUGGAAUUACAAGUACCUGCUAGUUCUUAUUCACCACUGACUGGUGAAAAAAGUAUAAAUAAUGUACGUCGUUUGUUAUACCAUGUUGAUGACGUAAUACGCUCAUUACGUGAGCCACGAUGUAACGAAGCAACGUCUGAUGACGAAAUUGGAUUUCUUAGCAGUACAUUUCGCUCCGCGCUGAUUUGGCUAAAAAGUGUUUUUACUUUUGAUGACGAUGAUUGGUUGGUAGAAGGUGAAAACAGUAAAACUGAGGAAUAUCUGCUUCAAAUAUCAAAACAACUUCGAGAUUUGUUUCGGAUUGAGAUAAGCUCUCAGAAUUCAGCCGUAUCUUAUCCUGAAGGUAUUGCUAGUGCAUUCAGUCCUCGUUAUAGCACCGGUUCACAAAAUGGAAAAGGAGAUGAAUUACCUGACUGCAUGAAAACCGAUCGAGGCUUUGAACUGACUGCAUUAGGAAAAUACCAAAUGGCAAAUGGUCUUCGACGUUUUGACAUUAAAUACAGCGGUGAACCUGAUUUGCAGCCUGUUCGCAGUUAUGAGAUUGCCAUGAUUGUCCGUAAGCUUUACUCGUUGUCUACUUUUCUUAAUGAAAAGUAUGGAACUUUUUUGGCGACAUUGUACGAACAAAACAAUUGGCGUGGCUCCUUAGCUCGUUACCUGUCUCCUGGUGUAGUGCAACCGCGCACAUUAUCUCCAAUAGAACAUGAUCAACAAUCUGUUGGAAGUUUCGUUCAUGGGCAACCAAAGAUAAGUCUUCGUUUUCUUGCUUCAUAUAGAUUAUGGGCUCAACUAUUGUUUUUGUAUUGUUUUUUAUCGUUUGUUUUCAACAUGACAUGGUCAGCGGUAUUUCUCAUAGUGCUUGCCUUAUUAUAUAUGUUCAUCACAAGCAUUCAUGUAAUCAGCUCAGAUAAAGUGCGCCCGCGUUCUUUCAGUAAUUCUUGAGAUCGUUAUAACAUUGUAUGAUAUAAAACAUGUAUGUAAGAAUAUUAGCCCCCAAGUAACGAGCUUUUUAAUUCGAACUAUAAAUGUAAUUUUUCGUCCAAUUUCGCCGUCUACUCGUUUUUAUUGACAAAUUGCUGAACUUUAUUGAAAUCUCUUCAAAAUGGUCUGGCAUAUUUUAAUCUUAUCGUGCAAAUAGUUAUUCUAAACAAUGGAAAAUGAUCUUAAAUCAAUCGUA